AUGUGGAUAGCCAAGAGCCCAGGGCCCGAAGCCCGAGGUGCUCCGCCACCCGUGGGCGGCGCGGGCGAAUUCACCGAGGCCCUUGCCCGCUUCUGCGCCGUCCACGCGGAGCAGAGCCUGCGGCCCGUGCUCGAGGAGCUGCGGCGGCGUGCCCAGCAGGCCGAGGAGUCCCAGGCCGCCGCCCUGGAGGCCGGGCUCCGCGAGGGCGCGGGCCGGGCGCAGCAGCUGGAGCAGCGGCUGGCCGGCCUGCAGCAGCAGCUGCAGAGGUGCGAGCAGGCCGCGGAGCAGCGGGCCGCGUCCGCCGAGCGGAUCGAGAGAGCGGAGCGAGCCUUGCAGGAGGUGCAGCUGCGCGUGGGGGAGCUGUCCCAGGCGCAGUCCCUGCAGGAGGCGGCGGCGGCCACGCGGGCGCAGCAGGUCGAUGCCAGCCUCGCGGAUCUGGCCGUGCGCGCCGAGGCGGCCGCGGAGGGCGCGCGGUUCUGCAGCCGGCGCGCGAAGUGGCUCGAGGCGGCGGCGGCCGGGAGCGAGGAGGGCCUGAAGGGCCUGCAGAAGGCCAUUCAGGAGCGCGCGGGCCUGCAGGACCUCCAGAAGCUCCGCGGGGAGGUGGCCGCGGCACAGGCGGCCGCCCUGCAGAGCAAGGCCGAAGCGAAGCGCAUGGACCACCUCGAGUCCUGCCUCGUGGGCCUGCAGGGCCACGUCGAGAGCGUGGAGCAGUCGGUCCGAGAGAAGGCCAGCGCCUCCCAGCUUCAGCAGAUCAGGGGCGCCGUCGCGGGCGCAGAGGCGGCGCUGAAGGAGGCGCAGCAAGCCUUGCAGGAGAAGGCAUGCGCUGGGCAGUUCCGGCAGCUCGUCGGGACCCUCUCUGGCGUAGAGGCCAAGCUGGCCGGGGUCGAGCAGGCGCUGCAGGAGAAGGCUGGCAACGGCCAGCUCCAGCAGGUGAAGAGCAUCGCGAUGGGCAUCCAGACGCAGGCUGCCUCUUCAGUCCCCUCGGCCCUCGGGUGGGCGAGCUGGAAGGCGAUUCUGUCGAAUUCAAGGCGGGCGGGCCCGCCUGAGACAUCCCGCCCCGCACAGGCCUGCGCCCUCGAGCAGGGGCUGCGGGACAAGGCCGCGGGCUCGUGCGCUGCCCUGGGCGUUGGUCAGCGCACAGUCCUCCUUGGCGUGGUGAUCAGCCUGCUGGUGUGCCUCCUGGACCUCAGCUUCCCCUUCCUCUGCAGCCUGGAGCGCAACUCUGGCCAGGGCCAGCUGCCGCGCACCAGCCGUCAGGAGGAGCUCGAGGUUUUGGUGGCCAGCCUUGGUAAGGCAGGCGAUGCAGUCGGCGCAAAGAAGUUUCAGGCUGUUCUGGACGCGAGGAGAGCACCUGUGCUCGAGGUGCCAGUGGAGCGCAAAGUCAAUCAAGCUUUCCACACUCUUCGCGCCGCUGAACAACGCCUACAGAAGAACGUCACGCUUUUCACCAACCUGGAGCAGUCUUUGGAGGCACAGCGCAAGCUUGUGGUCGUGGCCAACGACGAGUACAAGCAGGCAGAGCUGGAGCACCAGCGUUUGGUUGCGGAGCUGGCCAAGAAGUCGGGGCCGAAGACGGGACCUCCGCCCAAGCCUCAGGUCACGGUCAAAGAUAUUAUGGACGGCAAGACACACGAGCUUAUCACGCUCGGCGAUAUGUUCUCUUUCGGUGAUGACGAGUACGAGCUUUCCACGGAAGAUAAGCAGGCAGCAGACUCCUUGGUCGAGCAGCUCAAUGCUGGCCUCAAGGAGGCCACCACGAAGGUCUUCGCUGAGGCGGCGGCUGCGGUGGCCGCGGGCCACUUCCAGCAGGUGAGCGACGCGCACGCGGGCCUCCGGAGCCGCGUCGCGGGCCUGGAGCAGGCCGUGCGGGCGGGCGCCGAGCGCAUGAGCGAGCCACCCCAAAUGUGA